UUUUGGAUUAUUUUUGGUUUUAUUGAUUCUGAACCGUGAUGAGAGGGUUGCCUACCAAGACAGGGUCGUGGACUCUCUACUUCCAGAUAUCCACAUCUUCGGCGUCUCUUCGGCGGGGGUAGCCAGACGUCGCAGUCGUCCAGCCAAACUUCUUCUUUCCUUCUUCUUCCACAUGCCGCGAUCUGCAUCUGCGCAUGCAGCCUCGGCAUGGUGAGCUACAGCGCUCGGGUCUUCCUUGCGGAAGGGUAGGGGGGUAACCUGCCAUGAGGUUUCUUCCGGUAAACCGUCCUUGUUUCCCCUGGUGUACCAAAGACGGUCGGGAUAGGGUAUCUUCCAUUUCCACUUACUGCUGCCGCUUAUGCAUCCCGAGCAAUACGACAGCAGGAGUCGAGGCGCGGGUCACAUGGUGCGACCCUUCUGGAGGAGCUCCAGAUGAGAGCGGCAAGUCUCCGGCGGGGGAGGAGCUCUCGCUCGAGGAACCGGCUGUGCGGCAGUCUCUCUGACUUCCCUCGGCGCGCAACCGCCGUGCCGCUGCU